AUGAGCUCCUCUUCGUCUGCCGCUGUACCGGCCCCGGUCCCCACCCCGGCUUCUGCCGGCCCUGAGGUACCCACCCAACCAUCGGACUUGCCAGACCCUGUCCCCCACGAGUCCCGGUCACGGGAUUUCUCCCCCCACCGCGCUUUUAAGAGACCACGUCUCAUGGAUAGCAUUACCACAUCUUCAUCUGCUCUACCAUCAGUGGUUCAAUCUCCAGCUGAUUCUAACGGCUCUUCUUCUUCUUCUUCUUCUUCUUCUUCCUCUACUCCUGAUUCCCGUACAAAGGCUCUUGUCGCUGAACUAACGCGUCAAUACUUUGGCUCUAAAAAAUUGGAUUCCCAUCUGCCUAUCCCGGCCUUUAAUUUCUCACCCAAGGCUCCGGCUGAUAGCGCCAAUAGCAGCUCGUCCUCCUUGUCUUAUUCUUCCUCAACCUCUCUGGACAGCUCUGACCUUUCUGAUAUAUCUUCAGAUACAAUCACUACAGCCACAGCCAUUCUCAAAGACCCGCCACCUGUUAUUUCUUCCUUCAAAGUGGUUCGCAUCCGGGCGCCGCAAAACAAGCAUAUUAUUGAGACUGGAGAACCAAACUUUGUCAAAAUCUUUGAUGCCCCACUAGAGGAAACCUCAGUAGCCCCUCCACAGCCGCACAAGCGCAAGCCCCGGACAAACUCGGAGGGGUAUAUUUCUGUGCCAGCUAUUUUAAACACCAUUUCAGAACGACUUAAAAAGUCACAAAAUAGCGAAGCUGAACAAGAAGAUGGAGAUGAUGAUGAAAAUGAUCAGGAAGAUGAACAGGAAGAAGAUGAUGAUGAGGAAGAAGAAACCAAUAAUGAAGAAGAAGAGGAACAAGAGAAUGAGGAGGAAGAGGAGGAGGAUGAUGAAGAAGAGGAUGAAGAUGAAGAGUUCUUUUCAUACGACCCCAAAGUCGAUAUGGGCCACGACGCUCUGCUGGAGUACAUGCAAAAUCAACUUAAUAAUGGCAACCCAGUAGACAAGGCUACUCUUCGUGUUGAAGUCUCUGAUAAACUGGCGCGUGAGCUAAAGAUGUUUUUAUGGAUGAAUGGCCCAUACUCUUUUAUUCAAAAAUAUGUCAACUCUCCUCUCAGCAAAGCAACAUUGGGAGAAAUUUUAGCAUCGUUAUCGUUCCCCCUCCCAGAAAGCCUUGUCACGCGAACACGCCGCGAACUAUUAACUAGCCUUGUCAUUCUGGCAGUCCAAUACACAGUGAUGCCGCGCAAGCGCUUAUUUAAGGACUUGACAAUCAAAUCUCUAGUCGACAUUAUCGACAAGGCCCAAAACAUUAUUGUUCUGACAGGUGCUGGCAUCUCUACUAGUUUGGGCAUUCCAGAUUUCCGAUCCAAGUCUGGUCUUUACAACAAGCUGGCAUACCUGGGGCUGUCGGACCCUCAGGAGGUCUUUGACCUGGGCAUUUUCCGCCAAGACCCUUCCAUCUUUUACUCAAUUGCAAAGGAGAUUUUACCUGUAACCACUCGCUUUUCGCCAACGCACGCAUUCAUUAAGCUGCUCCAGGACAAGGGGAAACUUCUUAGAAAUUACACGCAGAACAUUGAUAAUCUGGAACACUAUGCAGGAAUCCGUGCAGAUAAGCUGGUACAGUGCCACGGGUCGUUUGCAUCUGCCACCUGCCAAAGCUGUGGGUACCGUACCAAGGGCGAAAACCUAUUUGAAGACAUUCGCAACCAGAUUGUGUCACGAUGUCCAAAGUGUAAGAGCGCAGCAGCAGCGUCUCUCGCAGCGGAAAAUAAGAAGAAGGGGGCCCAGCAAAAGGAUUCUAAAAAGGGAGGCAAUGGUAGCAGCAGAUGGGUUGAAAAACCAGGCGAUACAGAUGAUGAUGACGAUGAAGAUGAUGCCACUGGAACUAGCGUGACGGGAAUCAACAUUGGCAAGCGGGUAUAUGGGAUUCUGGACCCACGCAACACUAGCAAUGUUAAAUACGAGCCCUACGCGCUGCCGGACCGUGGGACACGGAGCAACUCGCCCAACAGCUCUGGGGAAGGUACUACGCUGAACGUGACGGCAGCAAUGCGCAGAAGCGCGACGUUUGGAGUGAUGAAGCCGGACAUUACGUUUUUCGGGGAGCCGCUACCGCACACGUUUGAGGACACGCUGAUUGGCGGAGACGCUGACCGUUGCGACCUGUUGCUGUGCAUGGGCACAUCGUUGAAGGUGUCUCCAGUGAGUGAGACGGUGCGCAUUGUGCCACCGUCAGUGGUGCAAGUAUAUGUAUCCAAAACGAUGAUUACACACAAUGAGUUUGAUCUUACGUUACUUGGAGCGUGCGACGAUGUGGUUGAGCACCUGUGCAACAAGUUACAUUGGAAAUUGGAUCACCCAAUGGCGGCUAGCAUUGACUUUACGCCGUAUAUUGAGCGCAAGCUGGAGCUGGCGGCGUAUGAGUUCCACGAACACCCAAAGGACGCGCCCAAGCUGGUGGAGACGGGAGCAAGUGAAGGCGACAAGAGUGAGGUGAAGGUUAAAAAGGAGCGCGAUGUGCCGGUUACUCAGCGGUCUCUUGACAGUUACUUUUCAAGCAAAUGA